CAGCCUUCCAGUUGUUGUCCAUUUGGCGUGUGAGUAUCAAACGUUUCAUCCCAUUCCUUUCUUCCCCCCACCGUCUUCACCCUCUUCGCCGCAAUGUCUCUCUGCGCUCUCCUCUUCCUCGCCGGCUCUGCCGCCGCUGCCUCCUCCUCCUUCCCCGAAGGCGUUAUCGCCACCGGUACCCAGGGUGUGACCAACCCCCCAGUGGCGACCAUGGGCACCGCCGUCAACCAGAGCUCCGACGCCCGUCUGCUGAGUAUCAACUCGGUUGACGAUUUCUGUAUCUUUGCGCCUCCGGCCUUGCAAGACAUCGGAAACUCUGAGACCUUCGAAGUUGCCUGGUGCACUAAGCCGCGAAACAACGCCCGUGUCAUCCCCGAUGGUACCCUCACCGGCGUGUCCUUCCUCAAGACACCGUUCUAUGUGCAGAUCAUGGGUUAUGGCGACUUCACCAAGCUGAACAUCCCUGCCGGUGAUUUCGGUGGGGAGCUGGACCCUCACGGUGCCACUGGCGCCGGUAACCCCAUUGGCGGUAACGUCACCACCAACAUCGUUGACGGCGUCGACGAGCCACUUGCUGAGUGGAUGAUGUUUAUCGACUACAACCAGUUCUGUCUCCGUGCGUGCACGAACGCCAACUCGACGUACUCGUCCGCAUUCAUGUGCUGGCACGAGCUUGACGAGAUGGGCUGUGACUUCAACAUGCCUGGAAACUACAACUUCAACGGAACCUUCGAGACCUGCGACGCGGAUGUUGCCUACCCGCCCGGCUGGUACCCCACCUCGUUCAACGGCGCCACCCCGGUUGCCUUCUCCACCUUUGCGCAGCGCUUCACCUACACGGCGACGAACAACGGUGUUGCGACCCCCGUCACCAUCGGUGACCUCGUCACCCCGACGACCGUCUACUUCACCCCCAGCUCUUCCAACUGUGUCACCACGGCAUCCAUCUCCAACGGCCUGUCCAUCAACGGUGCCGCUGGUGCCACACCUGCUCCCUCUGGCUCGUCGGGUGCUAGCGGGUCCCAGUCUGGCGCUGCUGCGACUACUGGUGGUGCUGCUGCCACUGGCUCGCACACGACCUCUGCCGCUGCUUCGACGGCUUCUGGAAAGAGCGCUGGAUUUGCCGAGGCCGCCUUUGACGUCAAGACUGGUGUUCUCGGUCUUGCGCUCAGCCUGUUCGCGAUGGUUCUCGCUUGAAUAUCACUCGUACUUUGAACGUACACGGUCAUUCGUUUCGUCAUUCUCCGUAGAGUACCUGUGAAGCUCGUCGUAAUGCCCCGCUAAAAUGUCGACUGAUGGCACACAUCCACGCACUACUAUUCUUACCUACCUAAUGAUACCCAAAUCACUGACACUGACGGUCUUUCUCUGCAUACAUCUACGUACAUACUAGGCGGCUAUGUCUUGUUUCUUGUCAUCAAAACAGGGACUACAUUUAGUUAUAGCCCUCUGAAUGCAAGCACACAGCUUCUACCUCCCGCACGAUCUCACCGUGACAGGAAGGAUCCAGUAUGCUCCCGAAGUCGAAGCUACGUAGAAGCGCUACCAUGAGGCCGGCGGCCCGUUGCUGGAAUUCAGUAUCACUACGGUUGCCUGGAUGCUGAUUGUCUACCAGCCUACUUACCUACCGGCCUAGGUCGAGGCCUAAUCAUCGUAUUCGGUGGAACCGUCUGGCAUUUCCAACUGGAAGGAUUUAGCUAGGGAGAGCAGCUGGGCGGCCAACGCACCCGGCGCGUUGCUGGCUCUCUCGCGGGACCGCGCACUCGAUUGAACUCGGCGACGCUGUCGCCCGUUGGGAUCCAUUGCAAACACAGACCCUGUCCACAGGGUGCCUCUCUCGCCUCGCCCUUCGGGGGUACAACGAGGUACUCGGGUAGCGGGAGGGAUCUAGAGCUGUUCGCUGCCGCUUCGGUCAGCGAUGAGACGAUACGAUGUUCGGGAGCCACACACCGAAUGCGAGUAUCUCCUCACGGUGUUCCCACCAUCCCAUUAGGUCGCUGCCGACGUAUAUAAGGUUUGCAAUGUCGGGCGUCCGGAGCAGGGCAUCCGAGACGACGUGUUCUUCGGCGCCAGGUGCAUAGAAGAGCGUCGGGGUGUUGAAAACGCGCAGCCGCUUAAGCUGCAGAGGAGAUAAUGAUAAUGAACAGGGCGAAAUGCUUGUGGACGUAGACGCAUACAUCCGCCUCCCCCUUGCGUAGUGCUCUGAUUCCUAGUGCAGCGAGCAGCACGACGUCGACGAUCGAGUAGCACGGAUCGUACGCGACUGUUUGGCCAGCCGGGAUCUAUGUAGAUUCGUGCAGAUUUCAAGCUUCAUGCAGCCGCACCGGAACCAGGGCGGAGACGCACCUUGAAAAUCCUGCUCAUCUCUAUCGCUAGCGCGAUCUGGUGCUGCGUCCGAUCUUCCCAGCCCUCCUGCGAAUGGCCGUCGACGGCUUGGUAUCCGGCGCGGUCCCAUCCACGCUCGUCGAUGCGAUCGAAGCCGCUGAGACCCGCAGCGAAGAUAGUCGUUGGGGGUAGCGGUGGUCGGAAGGGGCUGCGGGAGUUAUGCAGAGCUUACUCGCAGUGGCAUCGAAUAAACCGACGCUUCGCAUGGAGGUGUAUCUGGACUGGACACAUGCUAGGUGCUUGCUCACCAGAGCAGCUAUGUGGCGAGAUGAGAUGAGGGACUCCAGAGAAGAACGGGAUCACCUUGGGACUGAGAGAUCAAGCCCGCCAGCUGCGCUGGUAGCUCAAAGCGAGGACUUUGAUUCCAAUGAGCGUUCCAUUGGUCAGAGUCGAGAAAGGUCCUGAUACUUUCGUGUGUGAUCUCCUGAGAACUUGCGUUUCUACUGGGUGUAGUUGGCGAUCGGACCGACAUGGCGGAUGAAGACAAGUCUUUGAUGUAAGGUUUCCAGAUUUCAGUGAUGUGAUCCACCGUAGAUAGAAUUCAUGUACACGCAGCGAGGAUGAUACAUGUACAUCUACAUUGUCCUUUACAGACUGAAAAGAGACAUUUACCGUCAAAUGGAUGUCAAACCAUUCUCCACAGAACUCGUCAGCAUUGCUUGGGCAUCGGCGAGCACAUGCGACUGGGACAUGGUAGUGAAUUGAGUCGUCAGUGAUCUGAAGAUGGUCUGCGAACGCC